GAUGGACGAUCAAUCCAGGAUGCUGCAGACUCUGGCCGGGGUGAACCUGGCCGGCCACUCGGUGCAGGGGGGUAUGGCUCUGCCGCCUCCCCCGCACGGCCACGAAGGGGCGGACGGCGACGGCAGGAAGCAGGACAUCGGCGACAUCCUCCACCAGAUCAUGACCAUCACCGAUCAGAGCCUGGACGAAGCGCAAGCAAAGAAACAUGCCCUGAACUGUCACAGGAUGAAGCCCGCGCUCUUCAGCGUCCUGUGCGAGAUCAAAGAGAAAACAGGUUCAUUAAAAUUUGUAUACGUGCCCAGAAGAGGAGCUGUUAAUGAUGGUCUCAGCAUCAGAGGAGCCCAGGAGGAGGACCCUCCCGAUCCCCAGCUAAUGAGACUGGACAAUAUGCUUUUGGCAGAAGGGGUUUCAGGUCCUGAGAAAGGUGGGGGAUCGGCGGCAGCAGCUGCAGCCGCGGCAGCCUCUGGAGGUUCUUCAGAUAACUCUAUUGAACACUCAGAUUACAGAGCCAAAUUGACCCAGAUCAGACAAAUCUAUCACACAGAACUGGAGAAAUAUGAACAGGCAUGUAAUGAAUUCACUACACAUGUGAUGAACCUUCUCCGAGAGCAGAGUAGAACACGUCCCAUUUCCCCAAAAGAGAUUGAAAGAAUGGUGGGCAUCAUCCAUCGAAAAUUUAGUUCAAUUCAGAUGCAGCUCAAGCAAAGCACUUGUGAAGCAGUUAUGAUUUUAAGAUCAAGGUUCCUUGAUGCCAGACGAAAAAGGCGUAACUUCAGUAAACAGGCCACAGAAAUUUUGAAUGAAUAUUUCUACUCACACCUCAGUAACCCGUAUCCCAGUGAAGAAGCCAAAGAGGAGCUGGCCAAGAAAUGCAGCAUCACAGUGUCACAGGUAUCCAACUGGUUUGGCAACAAACGAAUCAGGUACAAGAAGAAUAUCGGCAAGUUUCAGGAAGAAGCAAACCUCUACGCUGCAAAGACAGCUGUGACGGCCGCACAUGCAGUAGCUGCAGCUGUGCAGAACAACCAGACCAAUUCGCCCACCACGCCAAAUUCUGGUUCUUCUGGUUCUUUUAACCUCCCAAAUUCUGGGGACAUGUUCAUGAACAUGCAGAGUCUGAAUGGGGAUUCUUACCAAGGGUCCCAAGUCGGAGCCAAUGUGCAAUCACAGGUGGAUACCCUCCGUCAUGUUAUCAAUCAGACGGGAGGCUACAGUGAUGGCCUUGGAGGAAACUCACUGUACAGUCCACAUAAUUUAAAUGCUAAUGGAGGCUGGCAGGACGCAACAACUCCAUCUUCUGUGACUUCUCCUACAGAAGGCCCAGGAAGUGUGCACUCUGAUACCUCUAACUAAUCUCUGGCAACACUUUUCCCUGAGCUGACAUGCCUUGAUAAGUGCAUUCAGAGCAAUAGGAGGAAAAGGAAAGCGUUUUUGUAGCCCAACAUCUACAGCUUUACUGUAAAACCUUGUCUUAUUAAAGAACUUGGUAAAUCUGUUUUGUAAGGAAUCAUAAUCAUUUGUAUUUAUACUUAAAAACACGAUGUUAAAAAAAAAAUAAAAGCACUUUAUCCAAUUAGGCCAAGAGUUAACAUGGUUGACAGUCCUAUAGCUAUUUUAUCAUAAUUUAUUAUCAAUAUUUUACAUUAAUGGUUUCACAGUUGCCAAUUUCUUGGCCUUAAGGGUAAAAAAAAGUAUAAUAUUCACUAAACCUCAAUUGUCAAAGUAGAUGCAAAGAUUCACCUCACUUAAAUUGGACUUCUUACAUAUUUCCAUCACAGACUUUGAUUUUCUUUAAUAACACUAAUGGAGUUCAAAUAAAAGAGCUGUUUGGCUAUCUCUGUUAAUGAUGGUUGUGUUUAAGAAUCUCCCCCGUCACAUUUGUGUUGCGAUCUCUUAUGUUAUAAUUAGAUCAGAGACUAGUAGCAUCUUUUCUCUCUGAAAGCACCAGUGCCCGGAGUCUGCUCGGUAAUUAAAUUAUGGAUCCAGAUUGUUCUGAGAGAUGAAGAUACUUGCUGCUGAUAGAGGUGAACAUGAAAUCCAGCUGGGGUUUUAUGGUGUGCACUGGGUGUCACAGACUUGUCAAGGUUUGCUACGUCCUCUGGGCAUCAACGAAAGGCCCUGCUCUCUGGAGUGUUGUAUAUAGUGUAGCAAAAGAGUAUUUAUACAUCUCACCAAUCAAAACACAGCUUUAUUACCUCAUGCGAACUCAUACAAACCAAUAGAAUUUCAACAUGUUCUGUAGCUUAGAGUGCUCACUUACUACCUCUGAACAAUACUCACGCUGUAGUUUGUCUCUUAUCUUUUUUGCAUCUUGUAAUUAACUCUUUGUUUCCCUUCAUAUAAAAUGUAAUGUACAUUGUAAUCUUUUAAAAGAAAAAUCAGGGUUGCAUUUGCAACUCUUAAAAAACAGAAAGUGGAAACAUUGGUUCUUAACACAGGAUCAGUAAAACUGUUGUAAAUACUGAGAAACAUUUUGAAUGUUCUUCAUCUUGUUAAACUAAUCCAUGCAAAAAAAAAGAAAAAGAAAAAAAAAGCGGCGGCUAAUUGUGAUGCAUUCAGAUUUCAGUAUUCAGUACUGUAUAUUUCACCCUGUGUAAUGGGGGCCCCCCUCUCCUUUCUCUCUUUUUGUAUUGUAUGCGAUUCUGAAACUGAUUGAGUCAUGAAAAUAAUUUGUGGCAGUGAUUCUAAUGUAUUAAAAACGUUUCGUGUUCCUUUCUAACUGGAUUACACCCUGGAUUGAAAAGUCUUCCUCGUGGUAGUUAUAUGUAGUUUCAAACAUGAAUAAACUUUUUGCUUUCAUGAUUAAA